AUGUUCUAUAUUCAAUAUCACACCAAAGCCAUGCUUUACUCUUUGAUGAAAGAGAGGGGCGAAGACGGGAGUCAGGAUAACACCGUGACACAAAGUAGGAUUGCGGAACUGGCCUCGAUCAUUUCUACUCAUACAACAAUUGUUGACGAGUACUUCCAGUCUCAUGGAAUUGCCUCGCCAUCCUUUGAUGUGAAUUAUAGCGAGACGUCUCAGAUUUCUAAGGAAAUUUCAGCCUCCAAGAGCAUUAUUCUUGAGGCAACAGAAGAAUUGAACAGUCUUAUAGGGGGUCUCGUUGGGGUCCUCACCUCCAUGAAUGUUGAUGAAAUUUGGCCUGCUUUCACACGGAUGGUGGAUGCUAUAGAAAGAUGGCCGGACUCCCAGGAGCCGAAUGAAACCGGAUACAACCUGGCCACAAAUCAAUUUGACACUUAUUUUGAAGGCAUGAAGAAAAGUUCUCACCGUGAAAAGCGAUUUGCAGAUGUUUUGACCUUCUUCCAUGCUGGUGGCAGAUGGGAAAGAGCCGGGCUGAUUGAACAUUAUAAUUGGGAGGUCAUAAGUGCCAUGUGCAUCGACUUGGCGAGGCAUCAUCCUAAGAUGAAAUGUAUCUCUCAAGACCUCCCCGAUAUGAUGGAAGACAUCGAAGCUCCAGAAGACUUGAGGGGACGAGUAGAUAUAGUUGCGCAUAACUUCUUCACGGAACAGCCAGUCAAAGGCGCCGAUGCAUAUCUAUUUCGGUGGAUAUUCCAUGAUUGGUCUGACAAAUACAGUAUUCGAAUUCUCCAAAACUUGAUUCCUGCUCUCAAGCACGAGGCCCAGAUUUUGAUUGGAAAAGUUUGUCUACCAAAAUAUGACGGUAAUACCUCGUUGUGGGAAGAGAGGCGAACGAGAGGAUCCGACUUUAUAACGAAGUCAUGCCUCAACGGAAGAGAGCGAGAUGCGGACGAGUGGGCUCAGUUGUUUGAGAAGGCUGAUUGGGGAUUUAAAUUUCAAGGUAUUGCGGCAGUUCAAAAUUCUAGAUUCUCGGUUAUUGAGGCCAUCUGGGAAAUCGGUUCGGCUCCUGGGCUGUGA